CACCUGACUUAAGUCCUCAAUUUCACAUUUCAAAUUUGGAAUUUUGUUUGAAAAUCUCGAUUUUGUUAAUCUGUGGGAAUCCGCAACAACGGCUCGUCUGAAAUUUGCGAUGUCACAUUUACUGUUUAGGUCGCACAGCUGUAGAAAUUACGGCAGAGGCAGAGCUACGAGUCAUCGACGAUACUCAACUCAGGAUAGUGUGUGCGGAUUGAUAACGGGCUCUAAUAAAAGAAGUUGCUUACUAUAUAUAUACUGCCAUGGGUGAACGGAAAGGAGUCAACAAGUAUUACCCUCCCGACUAUGACCCGAGCAAAGGAGGCCUCAAUAAAUUCCUGGGCACUCACGCUUUGCGUGAGCGUGCCCGGAAGCUGCAUCUUGGCAUUCUCAUCAUCCGCUUUGAGAUGCCAUACAACAUUUGGUGUGAUGGAUGUGGCAACCAUAUUGGCACUGGUGUCAGGUACAAUGCUGAGAAGAAAAAAGUUGGGAUGUAUUACACGACUCCCAUCUAUCAGUUUCGGAUGAAAUGUCAUCUCUGUGACAAUCACUUUGAAAUCCAAACAGACCCAGCUAAUUUGGACUAUGUAAUCACGAGUGGAGCGCGACGUCAAGAACGUCGAUGGGACCCUUCAGAAAAUGACCAAGUUGCGCCUGAUGACAAAGCUGUUGGACGGAGGCUGGCUGCUGAUGCCAUGUUCAAACUUGAGCAUCGUAGUGAUGAUCAAAGCAAGGCCAGUGCUUUGGACUCAGUCAUGAAGGAUUUAGAAGACCUACAAGGAUCAAGGUGGGAAGAUGAUUUCUCAGCCAACCAAGCCCUCCGUCAAAAGUUUCGUGCUUCUGAGAACGCCAUUAAAGCUCAAGAACGUGUGGACUCCAAGUACCGCUUGAGUGUUGCACUGCUACCUCCUUCUGCUGCUGAUGCUGAACAGGCCGCGCUUCUCUCCAUAUCUAAGCCUAAAUCUCUCAACGAGUCUGUGGAGAAGCGGAAGCUGCUGGACUCGGCAAGUGUUUUUGCAGCGCUGAGGCCGAAAAGCAUCAGCCGCGCUGCCAAGAAAGACGUCGCCAAACAGUCACUGGCAAACAUCGUGGCUGCGGGUACUCAGUCUUUUGAUACUUUCAAAAAUGACUUCGGCCGUGACAUGAAAGAUCUUAUUAAGAAAAAGGGAAAGCCUCUGAAUGGAGGCGUUAGUUGCGAGUCUGCAUCAAUUGGAAGUUCAGUAAGGCGCUCGUCAAAUGCUCACAAAAGUUCACGUGUCGGCGACAAUUGUGUUGACUCUAAGAGAUCCAAGUGGAGCACAGAUCCGAGUAUUUUACCUCCUAAGGUAAAUUCAAAUGAGAAUGGCUGUGCUAUAAGCAAACCCAGUGUACAAAAUUCUCCCUGCAAUGGCGUUUCUAAUGCAUGUUCAGAAGUCGGCGACGGUCAAGGCCGUCUCGGUGAAACUGGAACCCAUCCCGAGACCUCCAAUUCGACCUCUAAAACGUCUACAGACUUUAUUCACGAGUCUAUUCUAAUUUCGGCUAAAGUUCCCUGUAAUAAUGAUGAAAAUUUAUCUUUCGGUCAAAAUAAUUGUGACAAUUUUCCAUUGAAAUCGGAAUCAACGAUACAAAGAAUACACGAGUCUGCACCGAGCAAGAUCACUCUACCUGAGCCUGUCGCUUCAAGUGACCGUCAUGUUGACGGUCACAAGAAGGAAGAAACGUUAACACAAUUAUCUAACUUAGUUGAUUAUUCUGGUUCUGAAAGUGAUUAAAGAUUUGAUUUAACACGAGGAUUUUUAAAGUAAAAUAUAUUUUGUUGCAAUUCUUCGUGCCGUACUCCAGAAGUGGAUAGGUAUAUUUUUUCGCACACAAUGGCCACUACUUGAAACGUGCGUUGAAUGAUUCUAUGAUACUUACAAUGUUAUUUACUCGCAUCACAUGUUUAUGUUAUAAACGUGAAGAAAUAAAUUCUUGACAUACAUUA